GACGUGCGCGCUCCCGUCGCGGUGUCGGCGGUGGCGAGCGGCGUCAGAGCUCGCUAGGGGGGGUUGACGGCUUCUGGCGGGUGUCGGUGUCGGGAGGCGGCGAGAGUCGGCCUAAGCCCGUGUCGCGCCUGUCUCAGGAACCUGACGGAGAGCGAGGACUCGAGGGCUUGCUCUCGAGGGUGCUGCCACCUUCCGCGUCCACGCCGUCGUGAGGAGCGCAGCCCGGACACUCCUGCGACUUCUCCGUCUCCCCACUCGCAGGCCUCGAGGCCGCGGCGGCCACCGAGACAGCGCCGCACCUCCCCCACCCCUUCCUCUCGUUCCCCCCGCCCGCCAGGGCCCGCUCGGCGCCCCACCCCCCUCCGCUCAGUCGCCCGCCCGCUCGCUCCGCCGCCGCCAUGUCGGCGCAGGCCCAGAUGCGCGCGAUGCUGGACCAGCUAAUGGGCACCUCCCGGGACGGAGAUACUACUCGACAACGAAUCAAAUUCAGCGAUGACAGAGUAUGCAAGAGCCACCUUCUCAACUGUUGUCCCCAUGAUGUCCUUUCUGGAACUAGAAUGGAUCUUGGAGAAUGCCUGAAAGUCCAUGACCUGGCUCUAAGAGCAGAUUAUGAAAUUGCAUCCAAAGAACAGGACUUUUUCUUUGAACUUGAUGCCAUGGAUCAUCUGCAGUCCUUCAUUGCAGAUUGUGAUCGAAGAACUGAAGUGUCUAAGAAAAGAUUAGCAGAAACUCAGGAAGAAAUAAGUGCUGAAGUGGCAGCAAAGGCUGAACGUGUUCAUGAGUUAAAUGAAGAAAUAGGUAAAUUGUUGGCCAAAGUGGAACAACUAGGAGCUGAAGGAAAUGUGGAAGAAUCUCAGAAAGUCAUGGAUGAAGUGGAGAAAGCACGAGCAAAGAAAAGAGAAGCAGAGGAAGUUUAUCGGAAUUCUAUGCCAGCUUCCAGUUUCCAGCAGCAGAAACUUCGAGUCUGUGAAGUUUGUUCCGCAUAUUUAGGUCUUCAUGAUAAUGACAGGCGACUUGCUGAUCAUUUUGGGGGUAAACUGCACCUGGGAUUUAUUGAAAUAAGAGAGAAACUCGAAGAAUUAAAGAGAGUUGUAGCUGAGAAGCAGGAGAAAAGAAACCAGGAACGUCUGAAACGAAGAGAAGAGAGGGAGAGAGAAGAACGGGAAAAACUGAGGAGGUCCCGCUCACAUAGCAAGAAUCCCAAAAGAUCUAGAUCCAGAGAGCAUCGUAGACACCGAUCUCGCUCCAUGUCACGAGAACGCAAGAGGAGGACUCGAUCCAAGUCUCGAGAGAAACGACAUCGCCACAGGUCCCGUUCCAGUAGCCGCAGCCGCAGCCGCAGCCACCAGAGAAGUCGGCACAGUUCUAGAGAUAGGAGCAGAGAGCGAUCCAAGAGGAGAUCCUCAAAAGAAAGAUUCAGAGACCAAGACUUAGCAUCACGUGACAGAGACAGAUCACCUCGUGACCGAGAUCGAAAAGAUAAGAAGCGGUCCUAUGAGAGUGCUAAUGGCAGAUCAGAAGACAGGAGGAGCUCUGAAGAGCGGGAAGCAGGGGAGAUCUAAUUAGCCGUGUAUAUAUCUUCAAUCCUUAAGCUUCCUAUGGAGUUAAUAUGCUAUUAUUUAGUUCACAGCCAUUUGGAGUGACAGUUCUAGAUACUGAUACAGGCUAGAUAUGAACCUAUUUUCCUUGAUAAAGCCUAAAACUACAUCCAUAGUUUCUGGUGAACCUGUAAUACCAUUCUGAACGUACAGUUUUACAUAAUAAGACACUGAUCUCUGUUCUUUCAAGUAGGAGUGAUAGUGUAUGAAUUGUGUUAAUGCCUUGCAAUUUUUGAACAUUUGUAAAAUUCUGUCUUCCUUUCUAUUCCAAACAGCAGCAGCUUUGGGAAUUUUUCUUUUAUAAUUCUUCUUCCUUUGACUUUUGUAUCUCCUAAUACCUGUGCCUCCAACUGUAAGAGAAAAGGGGGCAGGGAAGCAAUAUAACUUCUGUUCUAAGGUUCUGUUCACCUCAAUUACUAGUUGAUUAUAGUUGAGCAUUUCUACCGGAUUGUGUGCUGGUGAAACUUACACAGGGCUGUCUUGUUUGGGGCCCUAUUAGAGUUGGAAGUUGAACAGCUGUUGUGUUACUUUUGCUUUUUUAUUGAAAGUUUGAAACCAGACUUGUCUUUUUUUUUUUUUUGUUCUAUUAAAACUGCUAUGUUCAGUAUAUUGGGGAUGGGGCAGGGACUGUUUCAUAAUAAGCACUUGUUUUAUUGUGUGUGUGUGAGUGUGUGGAGUAUAAAGGCUAUACUCUUAAUUGUAAAAAUAAUAAAAGGAAAAGAAACAAUCAUCAUCACUACCAUCAUUACUCUGUAACCUGUUUAGUAAGUUGUCACUAGAACUCUUUGCUGUGCUAUUUUCCUCUGUUCUGUAACAUCCUUAACAGUGCCUUACUGUACAAGGCACCAAAGGUAGUAAGUAUGUAAUUGUGGAUUUCAGAUGUACUGUUGCUCCACCCAAAUCUCUUGCUGACUAUACUCCACUAUUUCAGAGCUGUGUUUAACAGCUUCUAUAAGGAAAGAUUGGACCUGUAGAAGCAACUAAGAGUCUCUUGUUUGUAUUCCUUAAUUGACAAGCCUGAAUAAAAUCAAUAUGUAACCAAUAUAAUGAAACCAA